GCUCUCGGUAAACGAGAAUCCGCUGAAAAUAAGUAACUCAGACCUCACGAGUUGAACUGAGUCGGACAUGGCGGAAGCCCUCUCAACCUUACACGACAAUCUCAUUCGGUUAUCAGAAACAAUCCAAGAAUCUCUAUCCAAAGCGCAGUACAAUCCAGAAGAAGGCACAAAUGUGUCCGUGAAAUCCAUGCUUGAGUCCCUUCUCCCACGCAAAACCUCAAUAUCAAAUCGGACAGAAGGCCGCAGAAUCACCGAAGACCAAAUUCAAUGCGAAAUCAAAGAUUUCUCAUUGUGCUGUGCGGCAUUAGCCUCCGCCCAAGGCUCGAACCAUGCCUCGCUCUCGUGGAUCCCCAAGGACCUCUCAGUUACGGCAGUUUCGGCUUUUGAAGAGCUCUCCAAAGCCUUUUCCGCCAAUUUAAAUGCCGGAAAAUCAACAAGGAUUGUUGAAUUGGGCGUGGACUGUAGUUUGGUCUCUGAUGACAAGAAAUUGGUGGUGGAAUUGAUACCUUUAGUGAUGCCUUUACUGAAAGCAAGUAUCAAGGAGAGUUCGAUUAAUCAUUUGGAUGAUUGUGAUGAGGUCUCAGCUGCAUCAGCAAGAGCUCCACUUGCCUAUGCAGUUGUGGCUGCUUAUCAGCUUAGAUGGUUUGUUACACAGGUUGAGCAACCUCAUUUAGGGAGGCUAUGUUCUUUGGUGAUUCCCUGUGCAUUGACAGCUCUUGAUCACUGGUCACCAGAAGUGAAAGGGCAGGGGAUGAUUAGUUUUAUACAUCUAGGAAAAAAUGUGAAAGCUGCUGAAUUCAGUUGGUAUGAAGAUGUGAUCCUUGAUACAUGCUGUCAGAAUAUUGCUUCAAGUGAUGAGAUAUGGCAUCUUGUAGUUGAGAUGUCGGUACUUCUUGUGACUUGUAUACAUGGAAGUAAUCCUCGUAGCUCAUGGUAUGAAAGGAUUCUAAAUGAGAUUUUAAAUCACUUGGAGCGUCAGCCAAAGAAUAAAGACCGCUAUACGCCAUGGCUUCAACACAUCGAGCCACUUUUCAGUAGUGUUGGUCUUGUGCUAUUAGCUCAUUUCAGACGUAUUUUUCCACUUUUCUUUCAGUGGAUGCAUUCUGAUAAUGAUCAAACUCUUCUACUGGUCCUCAAACAGGUCUACACGGUAACAAAGCUAACAUGGAUAAGGAAUACACCAUAUGUUGAAAGACUGGUGGAUGAGCUUGCAGUUACAUAUAAGGAGGCAGCACUGAGAAGGGCUCGGGAAGAGAUCAGAACACAUGUUAUUCAGAUGCUGAUCUUACUCCAACAAUGCAAGGGUCUGCAGUUUGAGGCAGCUUGGAACAAGCACAGGGAUGAUCCAAACCUGACAACACUCGGUCCAUCCUUCAAUACAAGAAAUGCUGCAAUGGUUGUUCAAUGAUCAUGAUGGUGCUGAAGGAUUUUGAGUUUUGGAUUUAAGGGGUAUCACUGUAUAAAGGAAUGCUGUGUAAAUAGACGAAUUGAGAUCCUCACAUUUGUAAGUUAGGUUUCAGGCAGUGAUUAAUCUUUUGAUAUUCAAUGCUGUUGACAUUCUUGGGCAGUACUAUUACCUACAAGGCUACAACUCGAAGUGUUGAUGUUCUUAUUUACCUCA